AUGGAAUGUACAAUGAUUGCUCAAACACAUUACGAAACAUAGGAAUUAACCUGUUAUUAGUACCUUAAUUGCUAGGGGUUCAAGAAUGAAGUCAAAAGACUAAAUGAUUUAAGUCGCAAUGUUCUCAUCAUAGUAUGUGAGUAUCUAUCUUUCUUCCAGAUAGUGAUGCUCUCCGCCUCCAACAAGAAAAUCAAAAGUAAACUUGACAAUUUCUUAGAGCCCUGCAACGAGGUUUCCUAUCUGAAAAGGCGAGCAAUUAUUAACUUUUAGAGUUUCUUCUUUGAAUAAUUUCCAUGUACUGAGGUAUUCUUUAAGCGGAUGAGUUCUAUUACUAGUAGCUCAACAAUGGCAUCUUCUGCAAGUUUUCUACCUUUAACUAAGUAAUCCUCAUUAUGCAUUCAAAAUGUUAAGAAUAUCCAAUAAAUGAGUAAAUAAGUCUCUACGAAUCCUUUCGACCUAGCACUCGAAGCCACUUCAAGCAGAUAGGUUCGCAGUUAAUUGUUUGAAAAAAUGGAGGACAAUAAAUAGAGCAACUAUAUUGAGGAGACCUACAGAAAAUGGAGAGAUCUAUAUAUGCGGGCUCUCAAUAAUAAGCAGAAUUUCGUCAAAAUUACAUUCAAUGAAUUCUACUCAGCCUUUAUGCAAGAACCAGACGAAUUCGCUCGCGAAAUAUUUCUAGAUCCAUCUCUUUGCGAGAACCCCUGCUUUGCUCUUCCCUAACUUACUAGAGAGAACUUCACCUAGAAGGGUCUAUUCUACAGGACAGAAAAGAUCCUAGUUUAAAACUAUCACAACUGCUUCCAGAAAUACUCAGUGGACUAUACCAAAUAGCUGCUUUGGGAAACAAUUACAGAACUCUAAAGUCAAAUCGAAAGUAGUGAAGCUGCAAAAGCAGUUAUACUAUCCCUGAUAUAUGACUAAAAUGAAUAAGGAAUUUACAAUCUUAAUACUUUAGCGCCACUAUCAAAGUAGCCAGAACAGAGGCCGACUCUCGAUUUUUUGGACAUUGAUAUGGAAGACGGACUUGAUAUGGCUUUUGAAAGCUUAUAAAGUUUUUAAAAAGCCGAUUCUAUGUGCUUUAUUAAAGAUGAACUCAAUCCUUUUUCAAUCCAACCGAACCAAAUGAAUCAAGACAACCUUGAGGGUAUAACUUUACUGUACAAAAGUGUAUCAGCCUAUACAUUAAGGUAAUUCAAAUUACUAUGUAAUGCUCAUAAUAACCAACUAGAUUUCAUUCUCCAACAAAUCAACAUGGCCCCACCUCAAAAAUAAAAUUUUUACGUAUUCCUUGAAGAUUAUAUCAUUAAAGAGAAAAAUUUAAGAUUUUUGUUCAAAAAAGUUACCUAAAACUUUGUAGUCCAAGAAUCUUUUGGUGAAACUGUUUAGAGAUUAGGAAUCUUAUAGAAGGAGACUGUAAAGAAAAGUCCAUACUUUUGUGAUUUCUUGUUGUUAGAGCUCAUGGAUUCUAUUUGGAUCAAUGAAAUCUACAGAUCUCAAAAAGAAAAACUAAUAGAAAUAACUAAAAAGGAAAUUGCUGCUGUACACUGCAUUGAGAGAAUUGAAGAAUUAGCAGAGAAAUAGGAGACUUUUAGGAAAGUGAUCAAUCUUGUGCAUCAAAUGGAGUUCAAUCUCGAAAGUGGAAACCCAAUUAUGUCGCUCACUGUUCCUUAAAGUCAUCUUUCAGGUAUUUUUUCAUAUGAGACUUCUGAAUUUCACAAAAUCUAGGAGCUUGAGUAUUAUUACGUUCUUACCAAGAAGCAUUAUUUAGCUAAGGCUUUUUCAAAUGAGUUGGCCACAAAGCUGGAAAAUAAUAAAUUUACGAAGACCUAAAAUUGUAGCCCCCUUGCUAACUCAUUCAUGGAUUUAAAUCUUAACCAGAUAAUUCCCUAGGACCUCAUUAAUAGUUUCUUUCAUUAAGUGAUUAGAAAUUUGCUGAAGGAAAAGAGUCUGCAUGAAUUUAUGGACUCAGAAUAAUUCCUUCAAUCUCUAUUUGUCAUGUUUCAUAUUGAUCAGCGAUCAAAGGUUUAGUUCUCAACUGACGUGAAUUAAUUCCUCAUAGAAUAGCAUAAGCACCUAGAUGAGAUGAUUAGUCUCCAUCCAGAACUAUAUGGGCAGGUCUAAGAGUCAGAAGAAUCAAAAGAGGCUGCGGAUUUGGCUGAAAAACUUGGUUGCUCUACUUAAAACCCAUUUACAUUAAUUGAGCCUUUAAUGAUACCUGAGUUAAAUCGCGGAUAUUCUGACCAGAAAAAGCAAUAUUAAAAAGCAUUUAGAGCCAUGAUUUUCUCCGCAUUUAUCAAGACUGAACUAGAAUUCGAUUUCAAAAACAUGAUAUUAAAGUAGAGGCAAGAGGAAAAGCGGAGGAUGGUAGAGCAGAUCAACUAGAGGAUAAAUAAUUUUAAUUUUGCCCUUCAGUAGCAUAAUAGACAGGACCAGAUAAACGAAUAAAAUGUAGAGAUGACUGAUGUAGAUGACAUAGACUAGGACAACCUUCCAGAUCCAGAAAGUUUGUUUGGCACCUUCACUACUAUAGCUACUCUAGGAGAUAUUAAUGCAAAUAAUAACACCUUCAACUUCCAUAUUGGGUCUUCCUAAGACCUAAAUAUUAAUAAAUAAAACUAAUAUUAAUAAUGA